AUGGCGACCCGGCGCGCCAUGCUCGCGCGCGCGUCCACCGAGACAUGCUCGUCCAGCACGACUGUCGCCGCCCGCCGCCGCGCCAAAGCCACUGCGAAGGCUGUCCAGCCGCCCCCUCCGCAGCACAUUGACCAUGACGACGAGACGUAUGAGACAACCGACAGCGAAGCCGAGCCCUUUCCCUUCUUCGCGCUGCCCGCCGAGAUCCGCCUGCGCGUGUACGAGCUGCUCCUCGCCGUGCCGGGCGUCGUCGACCUCGACCCCAUGAACUACCGAACCAUACUGCGGCGGAUGCUGCCCCUGUUCCUGACCUCGCACCGCAUGCACGAGGAGGCCUACCGCGUCUUCUACGGCACCAAUGUCUUCCGCAUCUUCCCCCUACACGGCCGCUUCUUCCACACCAAGAAGCCGCUCCUCGCCCGCCUCUCGCCACGCUACCGGAACUGCAUCACCCGCCUGGAGCUGCGCCUCGGGCCCGGCUGGCAAGGCCCGCUGCCGAAAUGCUGGGACCUGUCGCCCGAGGGCGCCGAGCGCCUGGGGUUGGCCGACCUGCGCGACGCCCGCUCGCUCAAGGUCUUCGUCGAGUGCGACCCGGCCAGCGACGAGAUAUUUCGCGGAUUCCGCCGGAGCGAUGACUUCUUCACCGCGUUUUGCAGCGGACUGCUGCGCAACCUCUUUCCUUGCGUGCCCAGCAUUGAGGAGGUGCAGUUCGACGGCUUCCCCAGCGUCAAGAAGGACAGCCCCCUCAUGACGGAGCUGCUGUACCAGGUCAGGGGCAAUGGGAAGCGCGUUACAUACGGCCCGGAGCGCGGCUGGGCCGACAAAGUUGCUGAGUUGGAGAGUGGCAUUGCCCGGCUGCAUCUCUGGGCCGGAAGGUAUGCGAACGUGUGA